AUGCCUAUGGACGAAGCAUUGCUCGAUGACAUCAUCGACAGGCUGCUGGAGGUCCGGAACAGCCGGCCCGGGAAACAGGUUCAAUUGACGGAGCAGGAGAUCCGGCAGAUCUGCCUUUCAGCCAAGGAGGUCUUCCUCAGCCAGCCCAACCUGCUGGAGCUAGAGGCGCCCAUCAAGAUCUGCGGCGACAUCCACGGACAGUACUCGGACCUCCUCCGCCUCUUCGAGUACGGCGGCUUCCCCCCCGAGGCCAACUACCUCUUCCUGGGCGACUACGUGGACCGCGGCAAGCAGUCCCUGGAGACGAUCUGCCUCCUGCUGUCGUACAAGAUCAAGUACCCGGAGAACUUCUUCCUCCUGCGCGGCAACCACGAGUGCGCGUCGAUCAACCGCAUCUACGGCUUCUACGACGAGUGCAAGCGCAGGUACAACAUCCGGCUGUGGAAGACCUUCACCGACUGCUUCAACUGCCUGCCCGUGAGCGCGCUCAUCGACGAGAAGAUCCUGUGCAUGCACGGCGGCCUCUCGCCCGAGCUCAAGUCGCUCGACCUGAUCAAGCGGGUCCCGCGCCCCACCGACGUGCCCGACACGGGGCUGCUCUGCGACCUGCUCUGGUCGGACCCGGACAAGGACAUCCAGGGCUGGGGCGAGAACGACCGCGGCGUGUCGUACACGUACGGCCCGGACGUCGUCGCCGAGUUUCUGCAAAAGCUGGACCUCGACCUGGUGUGCCGCGCGCACCAGGUGGUCGAGGACGGGUACGAGUUCUUCGCGAAGCGGCAGCUCGUGACGAUCUUCUCCGCCCCGAACUACUGCGGCGAGUUCGACAACGCGGGCGCCAUGAUGUCGGUCGACGAGACCCUCAUGUGCUCCUUCCAGAUCCUCAAGCCCGCGGAGAAGAAGUCGCGGUACCUCAACUACUGA